AUGGUGGCAGAGUUGCCAAUGAAAAGUGGACUUCCAAGGGAAGUCGAAGUCAUCAACACCAUGUUCUUGUUGACAGCCAAGCCAGUGAUCUACUUGAUCAACUUGAGCGAGAAGGACUAUGUCAGAAAGAAGAAUAAGCAUUUGUUAAAGAUUAAAGAAUGGGUCGAUGCUCACUCUCCAGGCGAUGCCAUUAUUCCCGUUUCGGUUUCGAUGGAGGAGAAAUUGGCAGGUAUGGAGUCCGACGCCGAGCGUGAUGCUUAUUGCAAGGAAUUGGGUGCUCAAUCUGCAUUACCAAAGAUUAUUACCACCAUGAGACAAAAACUUGACUUGAUCUCAUUCUUCACUUGUGGUCCCGAUGAAGUGAGAGAAUGGACCAUCAGAAGAUUCUAUACUGCUCCUCAGGCUGCCGGUACGAUCCACGGUGACUUGGAGAGAACAUUUAUUUUGGCACAGGUGAUGAAGUAUGACGAUUUGAUCGAAUAUGGAGAUGAAGCCAGUGUCAAAGCCGCCGGUAAGCUUAUGUCUAAGGGUAAAGAUUAUAUUGUUGAGGACGGAGACAUCAUCUACGUCAAGGCUGCGGAGGGCAAGGCGCGGUAA